AUGCAGACAAAAUUCGUUCUUAUCUUUGGUCUUCUAGCCGUCCUGUUUCUUUUUCACUUCAACACUGUUGUAGAAUCAACAUCUCUUGAACACAGUGAUGAACAAUGGGAUGAUGUAAGCUCAGAAGAUUUUGAUUUAUACAAACGUCUUGCAUCAGCAAAAUUCGCCAGUGGACUUGGCAAACGAUUAGCAUCAGCUAAAUUUGCUAGUGGUCUUGGAAAACGCUUGGCAUCGGCUAAAUUUGCUUCCGGCUUGGGCAAACGACUUGCAUCGGCGAAAUUUGCAUCAGGCUUGGGCAAACGAAGUGUUGAUAAAUAA